AUGAAGCGCGUUCUGUAGAGUGUUCAUUCCCACUAGCUAAGCUAGACCAGUUGCUCAAAGGUCAUUUGCGUUAAGAAAGAAUAUAAGAAAGUUUACAAACGAGAGGAGGCCAUUCAGCCCAUCUUGCUAUCAAUGUCAUCCGUUCAGUUCAGUUCCUGUUUGCUGGCAGACGUGAUUGCAGCUUCUCUCUAGACACUUGCCCACCCGGUUGCUUUUAUUUGGAUUUGUCUGGUCCAUAACAGUCUCUGUUGAAACACAGCCCUUGGAUUCCCUUCCUCCCCUACCUCAUCCUGCUCUUCAUGAAACCCUUACCCGAACAAUGGCACGACCAACAGAAGAAGACUGAGCCCUCCCAGGAGGAGAUGACGGGUGAUGAGGCGAAAACAAAGACACCUGGAAUCACCGCAGCAGGAACAAAAACACCAACACUAGGCACUCAGAGUCCGGUGCAGUUGAAUGGCGUGACUCUGCAGUAUGAUGUCGGGGAUUCCACCGCACAGCCUCAGUUUGAGUCCCGACCUUCGUCUCCGUCCCCGAACCCUGACCUCCCCCCUCCACGAGAGCAGUGGGGCGGGAAGUAUGAGUUUCUGCUGUCCUGCAUCGGCUACUGCGUGGGGCUUGGGAACGUCUGGAGGUUCCCCUAUCUCUGUUACCGCAAUGGAGGGGGUGUGUUCCUGAUCCCCUACUUCAUCAUGAUGCUGGUCACCGGCCUGCCCUUGUUCCUCAUGGAGCUGAGCCUGGGCCAGUAUGGAGCCGCAGGGCCCAUCACUGUGUGGAAGUGUUGCCCCCUCCUCAAAGGUAUUGGCAUCGGGAUGCUGCUGGUGUCCUCUCUGGUCUGCCUCUAUUACAACGUCAUCAUCGCCUGGACCUUCUACUACCUGGGCAUGUCUUUCCAGAGCCCCCUGCCCUGGUCCUGUGAUGCUAUUGCUAAUGCCAGGCUCUGCCAGAUGAAUGUAACAAAUGGGAGCCAUCAUUUGAGUGCCAGUGAGGUGUUUUGGAAUGAACAAGUGCUGGGAGUGGUCCACAGCGAGGGACUCCAAGACCCUGGGCCAGUCAGGUGGCAACUAGCCAUCUGUCUGAUGGUGGCCUGGCUCAUCAUCUUCCUGUGUAUGUUGAAAGGGAUCCGCAGCUCAGGCAAGAUUGUGUAUGUGACAGCCACCUUUCCCUACCUGGUCCUCAUUGUGCUGAUUAUCCGGGGUGCUACGCUAGAGGGGUCCCUGCAAGGGAUUCAAUUCUACCUCACCCCUGACUGGCAACGCCUACAGAAUGCUCAGGUGUGGAACGAUGCUGCGUCUCAGAUUUUCUACUCUCUGGGUAUUGGCUUUGGGGGUCUGCUCUCCAUGGCUUCCUACAACAAGUUUGAUAACAACGUCAUCAGGGAUACUAUUGUUAUUGCUGUUGGGAACUGCUGCACCAGUUUCUUUGCUGGUUUUGCUAUCUUCUCCAUUCUGGGGCACAUGGCCUGGAGGAAGAACGUGCCAGUAGGAAAGGUGGCAGACUCAGGUCCUGGGUUGGCAUUUGUGGCCUACCCAGAAGCCCUUGCUCUUCUGCCUGGUUCUCCCUUUUGGGCCAUUCUGUUUUUCCUGAUGUUGUUCACACUGGGAGUUGACACUCUGUUUGGUAACAUGGAGGGCAUCACCACGGCGGUCAUGGAUGAGUUUCCUGUUUUGCGGGGUGACAUGAAGAAGAAGACUCUUUUUCUGGCUGUGCUCUGCUUUGGAUUCUUUCUUCUGGGCCUACUCCUCAUCACAGAGGGAGGGAUCUACUGGUUCACUCUGAUAGAUUCCUACGCCACCAGCUUCGGCCUCAUCAUCAUCACCCUCUUCAUGUGCCUUGGCAUAUCCUUCUUCUACGGGGUGAACCAAUUCUGCCAGGACAUCAUUGAUAUGAUCUGCACAUGCCCACCCUGGUGCACCAAGGUGCUCUGGUACUUCAAAGCAUGCUGGGUGUUCUGCACUCCUUUGCUGUUGCUGUUCAUCCUCAUUUACGUUUUCAUCGAGAUGUACAACACCCCUCUACACUAUGGCUCCUAUGAAUACCCCCGCUGGGGGAAGGCACUGGGGGUGUGUAUGGGGACCCUGUGCUGCAUCCAAAUCCCAAUCUGGGCUAUUGUGGCCAUCUGCAAGGAGUCUGGCACACUCAAGGAUAGGUUCAGGAAAUCAAUCCGGCCGUUGAAGACGUGGCGUGUGACCAGUGGCGACCAGUUUGUGACUCCACAGAUGGUAGAAGUGCCAUAUACUGUGAAUCUCACUGACGCUGACUUCACCACCCAGCAAUGGGAGAAUGGGACAAGUGAUGCAUGAGUCUUGCACUGCUGCUGCUAAGUGACUGGAAGCUGGAAGGACUUGACUUGAUGAUUGGUGAUGUCACAAUGCCUCGGAGUGUAACAGUAACGCCAGCAUUCUAAGCAGACAAUGGUGCACUGUUUUGAUGCUCCAUUUAGUCGCCAAAGUUAACGGGAAGUAACAGAUUUUUUUCAACUUCUGUAAAACGAGAUGUUACAACACAUAACUUUUUGUACCUUUGUACUUACUAUAUACUCUCCUCCCCAUGUUCAAACACUCACUCCAAACCUGCUCUAAAGUAGAAUUUAUCAAGUGCCAUGAGCAACAAUGUUAUUUUGAAAUGUUGAAAUCUAUGUAAUCUGGUCAACUGGCUUCAUCGUUAAUAGAUGAACAGAGACUGGUGACUCUGAAUGGAACCCUUCUGCAUUGCAAGAGACUGCACUUACAUACGUAAUGAGGGUUUUAGCAUUCCUUCUUUAUGUAGCUCGAACAUUUCCGUCCUGUCCUUUGAAUAUAAGUCUUGAGAAAAGUGCCCUUUUAGUUUCAUUUCUCACAAUGUAAUAAUUGCCUCCUCAUUGCUAAAAUGUCACACAGUACCUGUAGCCUCCUGAUUAAAUAUUCAAGAGAUUGUGUAUCCUGUGUUGAUGUAUUAUUAGGUGUUGUUUUUGCAUACAAAUGUUGUACUAUAUAAGAGAAUGUCUACCGUUUAUAAAUGUGGUUUUUGUGUUACUACAAUCAGACCUAGACACACCAGGCUUGAUUUUUCCACUGUCACUUAAGUUGUGUUGAAAAUGCUCCUUUCUUUUAAUUAAAAAAAGCCCAGUGUAAGUGACAUGCAAUAUGACAUUGUUAUUUAGGAGUAAAAGGACACUAUGAAACGGGUGAUGAUAGCGUCAUAUUUUCAGUGGAAAUAGGGCCCGCUGUGCCUCCCCUGCAAAUUAACAUUUUUAUUUUAAAACGUCACAAGUGCUACAAGGAGCAGGGAAAACAAAACACAACACUUUACAUUCAAGUGUUCUUUAUGCUGACUUCUGUGUACAUAAAAGCAUUUCUUAAUUUAAUACACCAUGAUUCGAUGCAUGUGUGAUCUGACAUGAGUUGCAUGCUGUUAUUAAAGAACAGCCUUUAAAUUGUU